ACUUAUUAUUUUAUUAGCAUUUUUGGGAAAAAAUACAAAAUCUUCUCUCAUUCUUUUAGGAAUAAAUGCAUAAUAUGAUGAUAGACAUUUCGAUGCGACGUACAUCAUAGUUUUAGAUCAUUAUUAUUAUUAUAGGUGUUUUAGAUGUUAACGUUAAUAAAAUAAAAAUUCAAACGUUGUUCUUAUUUAUAUCAAUAUUUAUAAGGUAAAUAGGCUUCAAUAACUUAACGAAAAAUUAUCUUCAAAGUAUACUUCCUCUAAAUAAAAACCAUUGUCAUUGCUGAUUAACAAACAUAUUUGUUUUUUAAGAUGGCUCAAGGACCAACUUUAGUUUGUAGACUUUUGGCUUCAUCAGUAUCUGUUGCUCAUAAAGCAGGUAAGAUAAUUCGUGAUGUUAUGCAAAAAGGAGAUUUGGGAAUAAUUGAAAAGGGUGAAAAUGAUUUGCAAACUGAAGCUGAUAGAUCUGCACAACGCUGUAUAGUUGCAUCUUUCAAAAAUCUGUAUCCAAAUGUGAAUAUUGUGGCAGAAGAAGUUGAUAAAAUUAGUCAGAAUUUAGAUGUUCCUGCAGAUUGGCUAAUUACUGAUCUUGAUCCUAAAAUAUUAGAUUUAGAAUGUCCAAAAUCAUUACAAGAUGUUACAGAAGAUCAAGUAACAAUUUGGAUUGAUCCAUUAGAUGGAACAUCAGAAUUUACAAAAGGUUUAAUUGAUCAUGUUACUAUAUUAAUUGGAGUAUGUGUCAAUGAUGAAGCUGUGGCUGGAGUAAUAUAUCAACCAUUUUGGCAAAACCAUGGUCGAGCUCUUUGGGGUUUGGUUGGCAGUGGAAUAGGCGGGUUUGAGUUAAAAGAACCCCCUCAAACAAAAAAAGUAUAUGUAACAACAAGGAGUCACUAUGAUAAGGCAAUAGAAAAAUUUAUUGAUGGCUUAAAGCCUUGUGAAAUUAUACGAGUUGGUGGUGCUGGAAAUAAGGUACUUUAUAUAUUGGAAGGCAAAGCACAUGCUUAUGUUUAUCCUAGUGCUGGUUGCAAACGAUGGGAUACAGCAGCACCAGAGGCAGUGUUAAGAGCAGCUGGAGGUGAAUUAACAGAUGUAUAUGGAAAUAAAUACAGUUAUAGCAAGGAAAAUGAAAAAGACCCUUUGAAUAAAUAUGGAGUAUUUGCCACAGCUCCUUCUUUUAAUCAUACUGAGUUCAUGAAACUUAUUUGCGACAUUCAAUCAAAAAACUUAAACAAUGAUUAGUUUUCUAUUGAAUAAUAUCAAAGUAUCUGCAAUGAGUAUCAUGUGUUCUAAUUCAGUUAUAGGUAAUUAUUUAAUUUCAUGUGAUUUAAACUAAAGUGUAGUUUAAAAAAAAUAUAAAUUUAACGGUUAAUAAUAAAAUAUAUUAAAUAAAAUACACUCCUAUAAAACAUCAGGUAUACUUAACUUAUAAUACUUUU